AUGAAGUUCGCUGUCAUUUUCGGUAUUGCCGCCCUGCUCGGUUGGGCGGAAGCAGGACUGGGUGAGAAGCACAACGCGUUGGACGAUUUUACCGACAAGUCUGACCUGCAGCUGAGGCAACUCAACAAACUAGCACAAGUUGCAGGCUCUGACCUACAAGAAAAAGUCGGGGAAAAUAUCGCACUCAAGCUGACGGAGUUUGAAGCAAUACGCAAGUAUAUAGGUUUCGUCAAACAUAGGGGUGAAAAGGAAGCUAGAAAAGUACUGAAAGAUAACCUGGUGUCAACUGAAGAGCAGUACGCGGAUCUGAGGAAGCUCCUGAGAUCUGCCGGUACGUGA